CAUACUUAUUUCUGUUUAUUGCCAUAUUUGCAGGUUAGCGGCUUGCCCGACUGGUUGCACUGGGAUGCGAUCCGGGGGGUGUUCGAGGGCGUCCCACUCUCCUCCGACCGGGGCCCACACUACAUCACUGUCAGGGCGUACGGCAGCGACCACUCCUACGCGAAGGACGUGUUUGCCAUCGAGGUUGAUGAGGUUGACGGUUCCACUCUGGCUAAUCAGUUUGACUGUCGACCCAAGGAAGAUUUAACAGUUAUGUCGGUAAUGAUAGAGACUCACCUGCCCACGCUGGAGGCCAAGGGGCGAGUGAAACUUCUCCGCACCGCCAUGAAGUACUUUGGUCUCAAGCAGAUGUGGUUAGUGCCGGCCCCCCAUGACUUUGACCCCCUGGCAGAGAACGAUGCCAUCAUGGCAGGCCCUGGCAACGCCAGCCUGAAGAACAGCAGGCUCCACACAGACUCGCUGUCUCAGCUGCAAUGGAUUGUAGGCUGUGGUGGUAAUGUGGCUAAGAAGGAGCAAGUGAACCAUGUGGAGGCUGCAGCCAGGGAUGGCACACUGCAAAAUUACCUCCGCGUCCCAGUCCACGGCUGGUCUGUGACUCAGGUACAUCCGUCCUUCAAUAGAGUGCGGCGCCAGAUUGAAAACUCUGGUGACUAUGAUUAUAACUAUGACUACAACUAUGACUACUACGAGUAUGGGGAUGGGGAUGGGGAUGAAGAAUACGACUACUCUGUAUACGAUGAGCCAGAGACUCGUGUUAUCCCCUCCUUGGCCACCCCAGUGUUUACAGACACCCCAGCCACCUACUACCCUGGAGUUCCUGCUGAGGUGCCCGUUUCCGUCUCGCCUGUGCUUCGUCCUGUGCCCAUCUCCACACCUGUCUUCGUUCCCGUUAAGCCCACCCGAGUACUGGAGGCAAGCCCUACUGUCACAUAUGAGUCUGCCUACCCCACAGAAUACCCAGAUCUUGAGGGAUCCAUUGUCACAAGGCCUGCAUACACAGUAGACUCCACAACGCCCCUGAGUGCCACAGCUACCAUGACCAAGAAGCCCGUGAUUGCCCCAACCCGCACCAUUGAGGCCUCAAGUGUUCCGACUGUGGCCGUCACCACAGAGAUCGGUGUCAAAAACUUCCCACCCCUCAUCAGGAACAGGAUCCAGAAACUGGCUUGGAUCGCUGGCCAUGUAUACAGACUGCAGAUUCCAGCUGACACCUUUGAGGACAUUGAGGAUGGAACCACAAGGGACCUUCGCCUCUUGUUCAAGACCUCAGAUGGUCUGUCUAUUGGGCGCAACUCAUGGAUCCAGUUCAAUCCAUCCAGACAAGAGAUCUAUGCACUGCCAUUGGAGGACAAGAUUGGUAGGUACACCUUCUUGUUGGAAGCAAUGGACUCAGAGGGCAAGACCAUCACCGACUCUAUCAUGAUUCACGUCCAGCAGUCGAAGGAGGCGCGCAAUUUCAACCACCGCUUCACUGCCACCUUCCGAGUGGAGAAGAAAUACGAGUAUGACUUUGUUUAUUCCCUUGACUGGAAGAUAAAAGUGGUUGAGAAAAUUGCUCAGAUUUAUGGUGAUCCAAACACUGACAACAUUAAUGUCAGGUCCAUUUCUGAGAACCCCACCAAGUUGACGUGGACGAACACCACACUAACCAACCCACGGUCACCAAUGUGCCCCAUGGAUCAGUUGCUGGCAGUGCAGGAGGUGCUGGUGGAAGGGGAUGAGCACGACCUCACAAGAGAGGUGAAGGAGGUGUUCCAGCCUGAGUUCCACUUGAAGCGGAUCCACCCUCACUUUAUGGGACCGUGUGAGAAGCACUCUGCCCCGAAGCCAGGCAUGCCGCAUCCUCCUGGACCAGAAGAUACCGGCCGAGGUGUUGAAACCUUCAGCAACAGCCCACCCAUCAUCCGUAACCACAUUGAUUUCCUCAAUGCCACCCUUGGUAUGCUGUUCCGUUACCAGGUUCCUACGGACACCUGCUAUGACUUGGAGGAUGGAGACUCUCGCCGUCUGAACCUGCGUCUUCUGACCUCCAACCUCUCUCCGCCUCCCCUUGACUCUUGGCUCCAGUUUGACGAGGCCAACCAGGAGUUCUUUGGCCUCCCAUUGGCAGGAGAUGCAGGGAAAGCAGAGUACAUUCUUGAAUGUGUGGACAGUGGUGGUGAGAAGGUGAAUGAUGCACUGUUCAUCCGAGUGAUGCGUGGGUCAACCACUAAGAUCCCACCUGUGGAGUUCUCUAUCACAGUCGACACAGACUACCAGCAGUUUAUGAGCAAUGCCCACCAGAAGGCACGACUGAUUGAGCAGAUAGCCUAUGCGUUCGGUGACACUGAUACUGAGAAUGUGGUAGUGGAAUCCCUGCGGCAGGGCUCGGUGGAAGUGAAGUGGCAUAAUGGGUCGCUUCCGUCAGAGCCAUGUCCCAAUGAGGAGAUUCAGCGUCUCAGGAAAAUCAUGGUCAACGACAAUGGUGAGCUGAAGCGGGAGUUUGUUGACAACUUUGCCCCGGACUUCAAGGUAGAGAGCGGGUCAGUCCGUCCAAGUGGCUCGUGCCUAGCUGAGGACACACCCACCCAUGUGGAAGAGGAUGUGCACCACCCACCUCAGGGGGAGACGGUGCAGGGUGAAGAAAAUGACUACCUGCUUAACUUCAUUAUCCCAGCAGUCAUCAUUGCUGCUAUGCUCCUUCUGGCAGCCAUUAUUGCAUGCUGCCUCUACCGUAGGCGCCGCUAUGGCAAGAUGACCAUGGCUGAUGACAGCACCUUUGUGAGCAAAGGCAUUCCCAUUAUCUUUGCUGAGGAGCUGGAUGACCGGCCUGAUCCAGCCAAGAGCCCUGUCAUCAUGAAGGAUGAGAAGCCCCCUCUGCCCCCCCCUGAGUAUCAACGUGGCUCCUCGCCUGCUGCAUCCUCCACGCCCCCCACAUCUGACCGACGCCGUCCCCCCUCAGGUGACGCGGGUGAUGACACGCCCUCAUACCAGCCCCCUCCACCUUUCACUGCCACCAACGGGGCCUCACGCCACCCACGCCCCAACAUGCCGCCCACGUACAGGAAGCCGCCCACCUACGUCCCCCCCUAAGAGUGUUGGCCCGCGGCAGAUGGCGGGCGGUGAAAGUCAGUUGCCAAACAAGAAAGCAAUAAGAAAGUGAUCCAAGACUAAAAACCGUAGUGGCAGCAUUCUGUUGUGUCCAGACACUUCAGUAAUUAUUCAGAGAUUUUAUGGAAAUUCAAAUGGUAAAUCACUUGCAGAUGAUAUUGAUGUGAAACUAAAAAAAAAAAAAAAGAGUUGGCUGGAAGUUUGCUUAUUUUAUGCUGCUGAAGGACCAUUUUCUAUCUCAGAAACCAAAGUAAAACUACAUCCAUCAAAGAUUGCCGGCAGAAAGUUUUGUAUUUGGCUUUGUAACCAUAUUUUCGAACUCGUGAAACUGGGGAAACGAUGCAUUCGUCAGUGAAAGCACAAAGUUGUUAUUAAAGAUUACAUCAAAAUUCUCAGCCUUCUCUAUGAGGCCUGGGUAUGCAAGAAAGGGAUUCCUUUCGAGGCACAAAUAACUUAAUCCAACAAGGUGAUGAAGGUGCUUUAUUAGGCAGGUAAUGAACCAGUGUAAAAUAGAUGAUUUGCUUUUGAACAAUGACAAGAGCAGGGACUCACAAGGACAUGGUAAUUUUAGAUCUGUUUCCUCAUGCUGCAGUUUCUCAUUUAGUGUUUAGAAUUUGUAUCUUGUAUGAUAUAUAUAGUUAUUUAUGUAUUUCAUUGAUGUUAGAGAUUAUAUAUACUACCAAACCACUUAGCUGUUGAAAACUGUGAACCAAAAUUGUUUUGUAAAGUUUGUAAUACCAAGUCAUUCAAGAGAUUGUAAUAAGCCUUAGCCUUAUAUACCUGUGUAUAACCUAGCUCUCCUGUGCAGAUAUGACAGUAUUCUUAGAGACAGUUCCCUCUAAGAAAUGUCAAGGGAAACUUUCAAUAAACUGCAUUGGUGAGGAGACCUUUUUGUCAUAAUUCAAAUGACUAAGUUAACCAGGCCACCAGGGUUCCUUCUGUGGGCAGGAUGCAGCGAUGGGGAAGCUUGGAAGGGGGAAGAGGGGAGCGGCAAGAUACCCCACCCCACCCCUCUCAUGCAAGGUGUUAGGAAAGUGACAGGCUCCUUGAGGGUGACAAAUGACCCAAGUGACUAGACAACCCUUUUUUUCCUCCCAUUCUUGUUUCCCUUUACCUUUCCCUUAUCCCUUGCCCGUGCCCUUGUCCUUGCCUUUUCCCCUCUCCCUCCCCUUCCCCCUCCCUCCCCCCUGCUAAGCUCUCACCUAUUCCUCUCAUUCCCUAGCCUUUAGCCUCAUACCAAAGAGGAAAGGGCAAAGCCUACCCUCGAAAAGGAAAAAAAAAAAGGAAUUCCCAUGAGGGGAAAGGAUUGAAAUGAAGAAAGGCAAAGGGAUGGAAAUAAAAAGGAAAGGAAUAAGUGGAAGGCAAGUAAAGGAAAAGAAAUGAACGGGAACUGAAAUCUUAGCUCCCCGUGGCCUGCAGCUGCGCACGGAAAUCCAAUCAUAUCGGUUCAUGUGUCUUGCUUUAACAGUAUGUUAGACUAAUAGUAGAUGAUAAUAUUUAAUAUCAAGUGAUGUCUGUUCAUUUCUAUUUUCACACAUUCAAAGAAUAGUAGUUUUAACAUUGUUAGGUCAAUCACGCAGAAGGAAAAUGAAUUUUAAAAAGUUUAUAUUUGUUAAGGUCGUUUAAUCCUAUUAUAAAUGUAAGGUAUGAAUGUAUUUAGGCAAUUUUUUUAUAUUAUUUUUUUCCUUGAAGGUCAUCAAAGAAAAUUUGAUAAUAAAGCAGCAAGUAGAGUAAGCAGCUACCAUUUUUAUUUGUUUUUUUUUGUGGAGUAUUGAAUCUUGUUAAUUAUUCAAGACCAUUUAAUUGGUAAAGAAUACGAACAAAGAUUUUAAUGUUAUUGUUGAUAGUGUUUUCAUGAUUUUAAUUGGUUUUUAUAUUUUACAUCAACAAUCAUUGAUGAAUAAGAGGAGUAGAUGUGAUGGUGUGUGUGCGUGAUCUUUUUGUUACUUAAAAAUGUAUUAGUGUACAAUUAGGCCGGUUUUACAGGUGUAGUAACCUCUUAAAAUUAUACAGCUGUUGCGUGUAAAAUUUUACAGCAGCUGUAAUAAACCUUAUGUGUGGCUAUUAUAUAUUACAUCUCUUGUAAUACAUAUGCUACUAUGCACAGCUGUUGUACAGUUACAUCUUGGGUUUUGCUUCUGUAAAAGUACAGAUAUUGUACAGUAUACCUCUGGGAUGUUUAAGAAGAAAACAAAUGUUAUCUUGUCAGGAGUUUUAGAUUUCUGAUAUAUAUACAGUGUACUUAUACACAGCUUUUAUAUGUCUUUGUUACACAGGCAGAGGACACCAGUAGUUUGUUCACCUUUUCAUCGCAGAGAUAGCAGUUGAUAACCCAGAUAGCACACCAUUUACAGUACUCCAUCCUCACUCUUUAUAAAAAGCACAACAAAAAAAAAUGAAGAAAAAAAAAAACAAGUGCAAGGUCUGUCUGUCCAGUAGUAACACCAGAGAGUAUUAGCUUUUACAUCGUGGUAGGGGAACCUUGUUCUUUCUUGUUUUGUUAUACAGCGAGGGACAGAUUACACGUUCUGGACUUGUUUACUCUUUGAAUUUUUUGGGUCAUUUUUUUUUUAUAUAUAUAAAAUCCCUCUCCUUCUCCAAAUUAUUAGACCAAAAGUAUUAAGUAAUAAAGACGAGGGGAUGAAAAAGAUCCACAUUUCUAUAGUUUCUGGCCCUGUACAUAGGAGUAUGUGUGUAUGAGAGACAAAAAGGGUUGGCACAGAGAGCUCGUUUGUCUUAAGCCAGCAUCCAAGGGCCUAAAGUUGCUGCAGACACCCUUUUCAAUGAUGCUGCCGCUGCUGCUUGAUGCUGAGUUUUCCUCGCAAGUGAAAUGCCAACCUUUUGGAAUGAGAGGAGCACAUGUUCAAGCACAAAACCAAGAGCUUACAAGUGCACCAGCAUAGGCCAAAGUUGGUGAACAUUUUUUUUUUUUUAAUAAGAAAGAAAGAAAUAAAAACACAUAAGUUUGGUUACAAGGUACUGGAUGAAUGUUUAGUACCUACUUGUAUUUUUUUUUUUUUUUUUAAUAAUUUAGUUCGAUUCAAAAAUAACUAGUAACUAUUUCUUUUUUGCUGUAAACUUUUUAAGUGUUUUGAAAAUCGGCUUUUUUUUCUUAUUUUAAUUUUGCAUUUUAGCUUAAGUUAAUAUUGUGAGACUGUGAGGGUUAACCAGUCAUGCGAUGGUGAUGUUAGUCAGCCCUCAACACAUAAGUAUUGUGUGACAAUGUAAAAAAAAAAACUGAAAUAAAUGGAGAUUUAUGAA